AUGUGACUGCAUUUACACUGUGCCCAACCAAUUCGGAGGAUUAUCCCGGCUCGUAUAUAUCUGUCUAUGAUAAUACACUGUUUACAAACGGGAAAGGUUUUUGGUUAUUUGAAUUUACAAACGAAAUAGUUUUUCGGUUUGAUGUAUACGACAAUUUCGUAUAACAGCGAAGGAUAAGACACAUGGUCUGACAAAAUGUAUUCCUUGCUUCAUAAAAUAGAAAAUGCUCAUGAAGAUAGCAUAUGGACCUGUGCUUGGGGCUCUCUCAAAAGGAGAAAAGAGCCUCAGCCAGACAACGAGGAUUCGCGUGAUUCUAUACAAAAUGAACUGGAGGAGACGGUAGAAUAUCUGGUAACCGGCUCGGUCGACGACGCUGUCAAAGUUUGGGAACAAAAGGAGAACGGCUUGCAGCUUAAACAUAAGCUAGCUGGCCAUUCACUCGGCGUAGUAUCCGUCGCUGUGAGCUGCGACGGGAGAAAAUGUGCGUCCAGUUCGCUAGAUUCCAGUUUGAAACUAUGGGAUUUAGAGACGGCAGAAAAGAUAUCGAACAUCGAAGUAGGCCCUGUGGACAUUUGGACAGUAGUAUUCUCACCGGAUGACAAAUUCAUUGUGUCUGGGAGUCAUUCCGGCAAAAUACAUCUCUACGGAACGGAAAGCGGUAAACAGGAACAGACUUUGGACACCAGGGGUGGAAAGUUUACUUUGAGCGUCGCCUAUAGCCCUGAUGGGAAAUAUAUCGCCAGCGGAGCGAUAGACGGGAUCAUUAAUAUUUUCGAUGUUACAUAUGGAAAAGUUUUACGUACAUUGGAAGGCCACGCAAUGCCCAUCAGAUCUCUUUGCUUUUCACCCGAUUCCCAGUUACUUCUUACCGCGUCGGAUGAUGGACACAUGAAAUUGUACGACGUGAAAGAUGCUAACUUAGCAGGAACCAUGUCGGGCCACGCUUCGUGGGUGCUCAGCGUUGCUUUUUCACCAGAUGGACAACAGUUUGCGUCCAGCAGCUCGGAUCAUUCGGUAAAAGUUUGGGAAUUAGCGCAGAGACAAUGCCUGCACACGUUCAAUGAACACAACGAUCAGGUCUGGGCUGUAAAGUACAAUCCGCAGAAGAACAGUAUAAUAGCGUCAGUGUCUGAAGAUAAGUCAAUUAAUCUUUACGAAUGUCCGUUGUACGAUAAAUAAAUUUCUCUAUCAAAUGCGAUAAA